CGAGUCAAUUUCAUAGCAUACAAAUAAAAAAAAAACUUAUGAGUUGAACAUAGUCACUGGAUCAUUCUAUGAUAGUCUAGUACACUUUCUGUUCCCUUUAAAGUUUCAUAAAUAUAUCUUUUCUUAAAAUGUCUUUCAUUCAGAAUUUGAUUAAAAAUUUUGUACCAAAAGUUAAGGCAAAUGACGAAGAGGAAGAGCUAGUUGAUCCUCAAACAGUUCUUCGUGAAAAAUGCUCAGCGAAUCACUGUGAAAAAUUCAAAGAAAUAUUGAACACGUGUAAUGAUCGUGUUAAUUCCAAAAAACAAACCGAAGAAACAUGCCUUGAAGAAUUGAUAGACUAUGUGGAAUGUGUAGAUCAUUGUGUAGCUGAAACUCUUUUCAGCAAAUUGAAAUGAACGAAGUUAGAUCCUUAUAAAAACUUUACAUGGUUAUCGUUGCAAAUGUCAUAGAUUAAUUCAUGUAAGCAUUGUAUAUAUAUGAUCCAGUAAUAGAAAUAAAAUGUAACUUAUAGGGAGUGUGCGUGACAUUACCA